GAGGGGUCGGCAAAGAUGGAGUAAAAGAUGGCGGCUUUUCCGGUGUGGGUUGGUGGAUUGUCUGUAGAUGUAAAAGAACAUAUACUUCAUAACUUCUUUCACAAAUUUGGACCUAUAAAAAAUAUAGUUAUACUUAAAGAUGCCUCAGGCAAAUCGAAACAGUGUGGUUUUGUUAAUUUUAUGUCCCAAGAAGCCGCCGAAACUGCAGCAAAGGAAAUGGACGGAUGCAGGGUUUUAGGACGGGCAAUAAAGACGAAAGGACCUCGAGAACUUUUAGCUACAGGAAGAAGUACAACCUUCGUGCCCAUAAAAGCUGAAGAUUCCGAGAAAAGGGACUGUAAAGCGCUUGUAGACUGUGUUUUUUACAUGGAAAAACGCGAGUGCUGUCCGAAAACCAGUGAGGUUAGUUAACCAGUGANUUGGACCUAUAAAAAAUAUAGUUAUACUUAAAGAUGCCUCAGGCAAAUCGAAACAGUGUGGUUUUGUUAAUUUUAUGUCCCAAGAAGCCGCCGAAACUGCAGCAAAGGAAAUGGACGGAUGCAGGGUUUUAGGACGGGCAAUAAAGACGAAAGGACCUCGAGAACUUUUAGCUACAGGAAGAAGUACAACCUUCGUGCCCAUAAAAGCUGAAGAUUCCGAGAAAAGGGACUGUAAAGCGCUUGUAGACUGUGUUUUUUACAUGGAAAAACGCGAGUGCUGUCCGAAAACCAGUGAGGUUAGUUAACCAGUGAUGUUGUGUUCAAUGAAGCUUAUCAGUUGAGCAGUUGAGUUGCAAAAUGCAGUACUCGCAUUUACUUUUAGUACUUGUUCUUGCAGUGUCAUAUUCCCUUUUUGUCCCAUUUAUAUUGUAGAAGAGUUUCGUUUGCGUAGAAGGGUGUUGCAUGUAUGACAAUUCUGGAAAUGUUGUAUUUUUGUACUUAGUGUCCCUUCCGGCACUGCUUCGCGGCUAGUCAAACUGAUGUUGUGUGUGAAAAAUGGAUUGAGAAGCAGUGUACGGAUGUGUUUUGCCCUCAAAGACAUCCUAAACUCUUCAAACAACAGCCAGGUAUUUGGAACCACUCUUUUUCUGUAAAUAUUAUCUGCAAUGACAAGAAGUUCUUCGCCCAGACAAAUUUUAAGGUCUUGUUAUCACCACAUGCACUGUUGCGUUACCAUUGCAAUAGAAUUGUGGUCAUUUUGUCCAAAAGUCUAUUCGUCCAAAGUUAUUCCCAUCCCUGCCAUAAGUCGAUUCACCUGAUGACACAUAGCAUUCUACAUCUUGGCUUAUCAGGGGUGUUUUUAGUUUAGGUUGGAUUCUAUUGCUGCGGUUGCUCAAAAGGAUUAUCGAUCUCAAUAAUCACAUCUGAGAUACUGAAACUGACUGUACAUAAAAGCUGAAGUCUACAUGUACCUCAGUGAUCGCAACGAUCGCUGUCAAUCUUUGUGGUUUUUUGUGUGAAGUUUUCACUGGAAAAAGUUGUUGAUCCACAUGUGCAGGCACUGUCAUUCACGCUUAUUCAUUUCUUUAGACUAAAGAACAACAAAUAAACAUCGGCUGAAGCGACUUAUGUCCGGGUGAAACAAGUUCCGGGGAAUCAUCUUUCAGGCAAAAUGACCUGUUACAUGUACCUUGCAAUACACCUUAAUUUGUACACCGAAACCUGCAGAUUGCUAUCAGGUGUAAUACUUGGAUAGCUAAAGUUGCACAAGGCUGUGUGAAAUAUUAUUGUCUUUCUUUAAGCCAUGUUAAGGUAAUACACAGGUGUGCAUGAUUUGUGGGUAGAUAAAAUUAUGGUAGAGAGGCAUGCAUGUGAUGUACCAUUACAUUUUUUGGAUUCAUUACUGAUUUUUCUUCAUAUUAUGUAGCAGAUAAUGUUGCUAAAGUGAUUCCUGCAAGAUGUCCAUCUCACAAUGCCUUCAAGUGUACUGGUGAAUGUGGAUUUGAUGGAUGCAAUACCCACUUCAUGGAACAAGAUGCUUUGCAGGAGCAUAUAAACAGAGGGAGAGAGAAAAAGAUUUCCCUUACAUCAUCUUGUGCACAGGUAUCACGAACACAAUGCUUGGUUUUUGUAUUAUUAUUAUUAUUAUUAUUAUUAUUAUUAUUAUUAUUAUUAUUAUUAUUAUUAUUAUUAUUAUUAUUAUUAUUAUUAUUAUUAUUAUUAUUAUUAUUAUUAUUAUUAUUAUUAUUACUAUUACUCUAUUUUAUUCUAAUUUAUAAAAUGUAUUCAUCUCCAAACAGCAUUUAUCAGUUCAAUCAAUGCUCUCUUUUCAUAUUUACAGGUGUAUUUUUUCCUAAAGUAAACCAAACUAGAAGAAGAAGUACUCAGAUUUUUUUUCUAAAUCAACCAAGUAGAAAUACAAUGUAGAAGUACUCACAAAAUACUCCACAUUUUAUGGGCACUUUUUGCUAUAAUUUCACUGUGGUAUUUACACAUAACACCUUGUUUUGAACAGGAAGUUUGUUUCCUCUGCAUAUUUUUUGAUAUACCUUUGACAAAGUAUUGAUGUAUUCUUGUUCGCACAUACACAGUAAAAUAAUUGACUAAGGCCUAAGAAUAUGCAUUGUUUAAUUUAAGUUAGAAGGAACUGAAAUAAAAACAGCAUUAAAGUGGAACCAUAGCAAAUCAAUCACUUAUUUACUGAUAGAAGGUAGAGAAUGCAUUAGUGAAUGAUCCUUCUCAAACUCAUUAAUAAUUCAUUAAGAAAAUACAAAGGAAAUUAAUGUUUAAUGAGUGUUUGGAAAUCGGAUGAAACACUGCUUAGUAUUUGCAUCCUUAAUUUCUCCUUCAAAAAUGAUUUUGUUUGAGAAGAAAUAUCAAACAUUCGACACAGUGUUUCAUCACCAGAUGAAACACCUCGAAGUUCGUCAAAAAUACUCCGCUGCGCGUCGUAUUUUCAACUCUCUUCUCGGUGUUUCAUCUGGUGAUGAAACACUGCAUCUCAUGUUUGAUAUAUUAAAUCAAACUUUACUGGAAACUAAGCUCCAAGCAACUGUAAAUGGUCUUUAUUCCUUCAUUUCAGUGUAAAGCCAUCUUCUUCAGUGAACAGGAAAGACUGCAGCAUACGUGUCUGAGCUCUCCAACAGAAUCCUUGCCAGCCAGUCAUGGUGGACUUUUCUCUGUUCCCCUCAACUUUUUUCAAUCUUCAACAGCAAGUAAGAAUGGCACAGUAUUGCUCACAAGUACUUCUCCUCAGAAUCUCAUCAGACCUCAGUAUUUUCAUGGCAGGAAUCCAGGUAUAUCCACUGUGAAUCAUCUCUCACAGUGUUCUAGUGGGUUAUGCGACUGUUCUAGGAAUCAAACAGAAAGCACCGGAAGAAGCAGGACUGGCUCUUUUUGUGUUUGCUCAUCUUGUGGGAAAAGCUAUGAAAACUCUGGAGAUUCAUUGAGUGGGUUUGAUCUCUCUGUUGAUUCUGCUGCCAUGGGAGGCCAUAGGUGUCCAAAUUCUCCUUCAGUCAGAGGACUUGUCAAUGACUUAGAAGGUAUGUAUGUCAGUUCCACUCUGCCCUCCUCCCCCAAAUGUAGCUUCUUAGGACGUGUGACAAAUUUUGUCUUCAAUUUGUUAUUUGCAAUGCAAAAAGAAAGCAUAAUCGUGGGCCAGAAUUUCCCUUUUUUUACAAGAUUAAUGACAUUUUUAAUGUAAAUCAUUUUCUCCAUAAAGUGGGAUGUCAUGUCAUCAAUCUCCUUUUCUCGGUAGCAAGCUAAGAAUUCUGGUGUUUUGUUGUUGUUUGUUUGCUUUCGUUUUUUAUGUUUUCUGUUUCCCAUACAAACCUAAUAAACCAAACAUUAUGCAACUUACAAAGUGUGUAUAGUGCCCAAAUACCAAUAGUAAGGAGGAGGUUUUUGUUCAUUGUUUGUCCCUUAUAGCAGACAAUGUACAUUGUACUAUUUCAGUCUUACGUUAUGAAGGCAAUGGCACAUUUCAGUGCAAUAAGAAGGUUGUUUUUUUUGUAUGCAGCUUUAGGUAUCAUGACCUCAGUGACAGGUUCACCAUCCCAGGGUUCUGUAGUGUCAGAGACUGAACCUAUAGGAGUAUUCUGGGAUAUAGAAAACUGCCCUGUACCCCGUGGCAAGUCUGCCUCAGCUGUUGUCCAGAAAAUAAGGAAGGAGUUCUUUACUGGAAAGAGAGAGGUUGAAUUCAUGUGUGUCUGUGAUAUUAGCAAGGAGAAGAAAGAAGUCAUUGAAGAAUUAAACAAAGCACAGGUAAGCCUCACUUAAUAAUUCCUGAAGGAGUGGAGGGGGUUGCAGAAAAUGUGACAGUCAUCAAACUGUUGGCUUGUGUUUGCAUGAUUGUUUGUCAUAUUUUAAUAGUUCAAUAUUGAUGGCCAGACUACAUGUACAGUCUUAGGUAAUUCUUUGUUAUCUGUUAAUUUAAUGACAUUUGGCUUACAGACCCAUGGUUUCUACAUUGUAAGGCAUUACAGAUUUUUUAACAACUGCAUACAGUGUACACAUAGCAAAAUUUGAAAGUUGGGUGUGGGGGCAAUAAUUUAAUACUAAUGUCUUUAAGUCCACCAAAGGCAACUUUGAAAAAUGUUGACCUUGCAACACUGGUGAGAGUGCACUGAAACUUCUGCUGCAGACUUUGUUGUAAACUUGCUUAAACUGCAUUAUGUAACCGCAUGAAAAUCAUGGUUUUGAAGUUUACUGGAAAAAUUAGAAGGUACAAAUCACUUGCAAUAAAAUCCACAUGUUUCUUAUAAAAUAAUGUUGUAGUUCAUUUUUUAUCUCAGGUAAUUUUUAUUUUUCUUUUGUUUUUGGGUGUGGUUAUAUAUGCUAAUGAUGUUGAAACAAAACAAAAAUAAAAAAUUACCUGAGAUGAAAAAUUAACUGCAGCAAAAUAAUAAUAAAUGCUUUUUUUAAUCAUAUGCACAAUUGAAAAUUCUCACAUGGAUAAUUGUGCAAUAGAAUUUAAGAAAUUAUUAUUAAUAAUAAUUAUUAUAAUUAAUCUUUACAAUAAUAAUCUUUAUCAGAAUUUAUGAUUAACAUCACUAUUGCUACAGGUAAUCUUUUCCUCUGACAGAAUAAUCAAGCUGCUAGCUACAUGUACGUGUAUUUAAUGUAGUGAAAUAAUUAUUUCACUUUCGUUCAUUGUGGUUGGUUGCAUUAUGUUCCCCAACCAUUCUAUGUUGCUUUCAUUCACAUGUUAAUUUACUCUUUUGUACUUUUUUUGUAGGUAACUGUAGUUCAUAUAAAUGCCACCUCAAAGAAUGCUGCCGAUGAUAAAUUACGUCAAAGCUUGAGACGGUUUGCACAAUCCUACCCUCCACCAGCCACAGUCAUCCUGGUGUCUGGAGACAUAAACUUUGCUGCUGAACUGUCAGAUUUACGUCAUCGGCACAAUCUCGAAGUAAUUUGUCUUCACAAUGCCCAAGCCCAACCUGCUUUAUUAGCUUGUGCCCAAAAAGUGAAAAGAUUUGAUCAUUUCAUUGCCGAUUUGCCUGUUGUCUUUCCCCCAAAGGUGAGUUGUGUUUUCCUUGACUAAUAUUAUUCCCACUCUAUUAAUAACAUAUAAAGAAAAAACAACAUGAAAAUCCAUCACCUCUGUGAAGUUGGUUAUGAUAUCAGGUACUGACUGCCUUGAAUAUUUCUUCACCUCAUUUUUACAUGUAGCAUAGAAGUUUUAUUAAUGACUUGACAUGGUGUUUAUUCAGAUUUCCAAUUAAUACUUUGAGUUUGGUUGUUAAAUUACUGUCAUUGAUUGAAAUGUGACUGUGUUGUUUCUUAAACCCACUUCUCCUUGCCUGGAUCUACAUGUAAUGUCUUCCUUAAGUUUUAUUCCCUUAUUUUGCACUGCAUAUCACCUACAGUGCAUAACAUCUGCAGUAUCGAAGGUGGCAGCGAUUUUCACAUGUCACCUGAAUAAAUGAUCAAAGUGAGCUGUAGAACAUUAUGUUAUAGUAGAACUUAGGCUGUUAAGUGCAUAUGGUACAUCAUAUGGUAUAACAGUGAUGUCUGCUUCUUAGCAUAAUAAAUACACUGUAGUAAUAAGAGUGAGUGGAGUCCAGUUCAGUCUGUAAUCAUACAGUGUACAAGUGAUUAUAAAAAUUGGAUGAUCUUGUUGCAGAGGUCCGAUUUGUUUAAUCACAAGUAUGAUUGCAGACUAAAUUGAGCAAUGGGAAGUUCUGUUACCAAUUAAUCAUAACUACAACAAAGAUUAUGAUAUUUUAAGUUGCUUUUUUUAAAAUUAAAUUAAAAGAUAUUUGGAGAGCAUUUUGCUAGAAGUGAAGAACUAAGCCAUUCAGGUGUGUACGAUGGUGCAUACUAUCUGGCAAAUUUAUUACUUAUGCAUGGCGUAUACUGUCCUACAACAACACUAUCCCAUUAAUGCUGAAAGCAGACAGUUGAUAUCCAAUUAGAUUUGAGAAUUUUGUUAUACAUGUAGGUAUAAUUACAAUAUUUUUUUUGGACUUCAGAACCCAGAUGAAAGUGGCUUAUCAUCAGAGCUACUUGUUCUGAAUCUUCCCAUCGGAAAAGAUGUUACCCAAGUCAAAAACAGGCUGAAAAAGCUGUCUGACAACUGUGGUGGCAAAGUAGUCAGUAUCUCUGGAAGAACUUCAGUGUUAAGGUUCCCAAAUCCUGCUAGUGCUGCCAGGUAAAAAUUUUCAUCAUCCUCUACUUCAAAUCUUGUCAAAUACAAUCAUGUAUUUGAAAUCUGUACUGUACAUCUGUGUUUUCACUUAAAACAAUAAUUAUUAAGAUUGAUUCACAGUGACUUAGAUGACACAUCUAUUUAUUUAAGUAAUGGUUUUCUAAUUUUGAGUCAAAACAUACAGAUGCAAAAUAAUGGAUUGAUUUUUAUUGGUAUGUCUGCUAGGUACGUGUAAAGGGCGGGGGGGAAUGGUAGGAGGAUGAGCAGUAAAAAAAAGAGGCACAAAAGUCACUUUAUUUAAUUCCUUAAAGCAACCUUUUAAAUUUUGCCGUAGAAAGCUGUAUUUUUGCAGCCACCAGGAAUAAAAGCUAGCAAUGUGUUCAACUUGUACAUUUUCUUUUAUUAAUUAUCAAUUUUGCAGGGCAAGAAGAAGAAUGGACAAAGAGGAUGUCUUCGGCUCAACAAUCCAGGUUGUUUAUUCCACUACAAGUCAAGGUAGUCCACAAAAAGGCAAAAAAUCCCAGGCAGUAGAUAGCACUGAGAGCUCAACAAUGUCACCAAAACCUUCACCUCUCCAGAAAGAUCGGAGAAGUUCUAAUGCAAUGUUGGAUGAUUUCGUUAUUGAUAACAGUUCAACAAACAGGAAAAGUACAAAGCCUGAGGACAAAAUUAAUGCAAAACCUUCAGAUGAUAGCCCUGAAUCCAGUGACAGCACAGAAGAAAAUGGUCCUUCUCCUUCAUUAUCCACAGGCCCUCAGUUUAUUAGCCAUCAGACAAUGUUCAGUAAUGGAUCUGUAACUGGAAUAUGGCCACAUCCUAUUUAUCAGAACUUUAUGAACCUUCCUGCCCAGGGCCCAGGAUUUCCUGGUAUAACCCCUCUAGCACCUCCUGUAGUGGGUGCUCCACACCUUGCUGCUUCAUGGCUGGCUAGUCUACAUAAUUUCACUGUUUUGGAUCAGCAGCGAGGAGGAAUAGAUUUACUCGUCACAAACCUUGAUGAGACUGUAAGCAAAAAGGAGUUGAAGAAAAAACUGGCAUCAGUAUUUCGAGAACAUUGUAAGGUAUGGUGUAUGUUGUUAAUGACAGAUAUUUUGGUUAAACUCUUUUUGUCCUUGGUAAGAUUUACCAAACCAAAGGCGUCACUACCACGUUAAACAACAGAGUGUUUCUUUCAAAUAGCCUAUUUAUUCUAAUAGUCUUUAAAAAAGCUUCCUUUCAAGAGGUGAUUCGAAAGAAAACUUUAUUAUGUAUUUCAGUCACAUUUCACAUUAGGUGUCUUUAUUCUCCUAGUGUGAUUUGUAGUAUGGUUCCCAUACUAGCAAACCCACAAGAUUCUGUGCAAUGUUGGUGUUGCUACAACCAAAAAUCAAGAGAAGAUUCAUGUACUUUGCAGUAUCUGCUGACAAUGCUAUUCAGUUCAGUGGUCAAAUUAUAUUGCUGAAGUGACUAAAUGCAGCACAAUUAUUAUUUCAGUUUAGACUUGUUGAUGUUGUUGUUGUUGUUUGAAGGGACUGCUUCUCUUUAGGGAGUCACUGCUGUUGUGCUUUUACCUUUUUUGAUAUUAUUAUAGUGAUGGAAAAAAUUAAUGUUACUUUUGAGGAGCUGUGACCCUUUUAUUAGUGAAGCAAUUGAAAUCUGUGGAACUAAAAUUAUGAUUUGUUGUUUUAUGCUCCCUCCAGGUUUAUUCUGUCAUACUUCACAGUGGGGAAGGCAUUCCUCUGAGGGCAUUUGUCAAAGUGCCAAAACUAUCUGAUGCUCACCUUGCCAUACUUAAAGUGCACCAGAAGAAAAUCUUCAACACUCAUGUAACUGUCAAUAUUGCUACUGAAAAAGAAAAGGAUCUUUGUUUCUUACGCUGUGAAGUCACUUCCAUUCUUAAAGAAGCCCCUCUUCACUUUUUGCCUUUAAACAAAUUCCUUAAUGACUACUAUGAGAAGUGUUCCCAUGCAUUUGACAUGAGUUCCAUUGGACUUAUUCAUGACCUAGUUGUGAUAAUGGGUAAGCCUGGCAAUCAGGCGAUAAGUCUGAUAACACGAGCUAUUGGCACUGUGAAAGUAUCCGUCAAACCUGAGCAGUUUGCAAGUGAUGUUCAUGCUCUUCUGAAAUCCUCCGAGGGAGCGAUACCAUUGGUUAGCUUUGCAGCAACGUACUGGCUUCAGUUUGAUAAGAUGAUUGAGUUGAGUGACAGUGGAGAUACCUUAGCUGAUGUCCUGUGUAAUGUUCCAAAUGUCAAGAUCACAGAUUCAUUGAUGGUGUCUUGGGCGAAACAAGCUAUCAGGAAUGGUAUGCAAGCUGUGCAAUUCAUGUACUGUGGAGUCAAACAAAUUUGUUUUUUGAAUCCCAAUAUGGCUUUUAAUAAUAGUCUUUUUGUUUUUUGUUGUUUUGUGUUUGUUUCUUGUUUUUCCGUUUCUUAUUCUCACCGUAAAAUUAUUUUACUAUCCGAUUUUAUUCCCAGGGUUUGUACCACUUCUUUAAUUCUUUAAAAUCCCUGAAAAUUUCAAAUUCUCAUCCAGAACCCUAAAAAAGACCUUAAAAUUUCAAUUUUUUCCUUGUGUUUGAUGAAUGUGGAAAAAAGUUCUUGACAAUCCUGCUUUGUUUUUCAACAGGCGGUAAUGUUAGCAAACUUCUGGAAUUGAGUAAGGAAUUACAAGAGUUGUUACUUAUUCAGGACGAGUUCAGACUACCACUCUGUGCAGUUCUCUCUGAAUACCAGUCAUGGUUUGCCAAGAAAACUCCAUUUGAUCCUGUUAUUUAUGGAUUCACCUCUGUUGUGUCUCUUCUGGAAGCUUUACCAUCUGUAGUAGAGGUAUGUACCAGUAGAAACGUGCUUUUACUGAGUAGAAACAUGCUGAUCCCAAGCUACAGUGUACAGGCAUCUGUUUUAGCCUUAAGGUCUCUGCCAGAGUUGUCCUAAAAUGUUACUGAUAUUUUCAGGUAAGAAUUCAAGGUUCUGAGAGAUGGCUUUCCCUGACCCAACGUAUGAAAAUCGAUGCCUUUGAGAAGAAUCUGAAAAUACUACUUGAAAGUCAGCCUGAUAGACUAAUUGCCUUAGGAAACUUUGUGUCAACAUAUAUGAAGUUCUUCGGUCGAAAGUGCAAGAUUGCUACUUUUGGAUUCUCUAAGUUGACCGAUUUAAUUGAAGCUGUACCAAAUGUGGCAAAGGUAGGAAAAGAGUCUAAAUAUAAUUACCGUAAACUGCUGUUUCAUGGCUUAUAAGCAGCAUUUUAUGGUAUUUUAGUACUGGAAUGAAGCUGCCUGCAUCAAAAACAAGUGUCUAGUGUCUUAAAACGCUUAACUGCUGCUUCCGGCUUUGUUCCUCAUCUGAAGUAAGGUUCCGCCUUCUCCUUUACCAUCCCCAUUCUCUAAACAAGACGUUGCAAACACACAGCUUCUGUUCUGUACAAAAGUGCACAAUGGGCUUGAUUUAACUUUGUCGACGUGUUUUUAAGGGUUCUAAAACAACUAGUUAAAGGAGCACAAGUCAAAAUAACCGUCUGAAACAGCUUUAGCUACAGAAGUGCAAAUGGUUGGAAUCAUUUACCAUCUCAAAUUAAGAACAUCCAUUCCUUGUGUUGUGUUGUCACGGUAGACGUGAAUUAUUUGUCAUAAAGGUUGUAUUAGUAUAUGAUAUUUUCUAAACGUAUCUUACCACCCUUUGACAGAUCCAUGGAACCGGAGAUCAGAGAUUCAUCUCAUUAGUGGAAAAAGGUACCAUAUUUAUUUUAAUCCUUGUCACUGACUUUGAACUCAGAACUCUUUGCCUAAAGCACGGCUGGCUCAGUGCUUAGAGCACCAGUCUGCUUUGUGAGAGGUCAGGCCUCGAAUCCAGGGCCAGAUCAGUUCUCAGUGUCUUAAAAUAACUGAAGAAACUUGUACUGAUUUUGCUUUAGAAAUGGAUAGACCCUCGCUUGGCUCGGAUGGCCGUGUAGGAAAAAAAAGGAGAAAUUCGAGUUGCUAGGAUUAGCUCAGUCGGUUAGUGCAAGGCCUUCUGUCCGAGAAGUUUCGAGUUCGAUUCUUAGCUGUAACCUUAAAUCCUUGUUUCGUCGUCUUUCCUUUUCGUGAAGUUUUAAGUACAUGUAGCUUUAAAUACCCGUAUAACGGAGUACUGAUUACGAAAGGGCGGUAAAACUAGCGCGCCGUCGGCCUCAGGUUUGUCACUGUAAUGUGUACUGUUACGAGUUACCGAUGUAAGAUAAGGACCUUUACUUUUAAUUGUGGUCCUGUCCCCUUGCAAGGCACUUAUAAACGGUCUCCUUAAUUAGCAUUACCUGCAUUCAUGCAGUUCAUUGAAAAAGAGUCUUUAUUUUUCUUUUAUCUGCCCUAUAUUUGUUUUUGCUAAGGAAAGGGAGAUUUAACAUGCAUUGGAAGUGGGUGUUUUUUUGUUUUUGUUUUUUUUUUCAGCGGAAGAACCUAUGUUAUGGUACUUCUUCACUGAACCGACAUUUGUAUUUGUUCAAUUGAAUUUAACAGGCAAGAGUAGCAAGACAGAGAAGCGCACUGAAAAACAAAACCUUGCUAAAGAACUGAAAGAGUUAUUGUCCAGCAUUGACGGUCACCGGCUUCCUGUUGCCACUGUGCUUGCUCGAUACUACCAACACUUUGGUCGCUUGCUGAAGAUCAGUGAUUAUGGUGCAAGGUGUAUUGAAGAGCUUGUUGAAGAUUUACCUUCAUUACAGGUACGGAUCUUUGUGGCAACAUAGACCCUAUUCGCGCGAAAUACGCCAUCUUUUGCGGUAGGUACUGAAAGACAGUCAAGAUUAGACUUGGAAUCGUUUUGAAAACAGUGCAAGGUGCAUUGGAGACCUUGUUGAGGAUCUACCUUCAUCACAGCUAAGGAUCUUUGCUGCAACAUGGCUUAUGAUGUUUCAGUAAUCAACUAGACUGCGAGCAGUCUCUCUUUUUCUUCAGAUUUAGUGAAAGCAGUGCACGCGCGCGGAAGGGGCAAAGCCGCGAGACGCGCGAAACGAGGGCGGCAGCGUGCCUCUCCCGUCUCGCGCCUUUAGUCACGCGCGAGGUCAUUUGCGUGUCUCGCGCGUUUUGUUCAAAGGACUAAGAAAAAAAAAGAGGCUGCUCGUAGUCUAGUAAUCAACAUACGUGUACAUUUCGAAUGAAGCCACAGUUGGAAGAUUUCGAUCUUUUGAUUUGAAAGUGGAAAUUUUGACUCCAAUAAUGCACUUUAUUUAAAGACUAGUGAAAAUCAUUCCUAAAUAAUAAGCGCAACGCGCCAAUCAAAAGCAUAUCAACACUUUACUCACGACAGUCUGCUUAACUUGAAAGUUUUGCGGCCAAACAUGUUGUGUUGUGUUGUGUUGUGUUGCUAGGACAACUUUUUUCGUCACAUGCCCAUGCUUCCAGGGUAGUGUACUUCAAGAAUAUUUGAAAAAGAUGUGUUUUCAGUCUUUGAAACAGGCGGCUUGGAAGAACAAAUUCGAGUAUUUCCAACAGGAGUCGAACCUGCUACCUUCUGGCCCCAGUUGUUUAAAAGGUUGACAGCAAUAUCCGCUGGUGAAAUCACUAUCCAGCGGAUAAGUGUUAGGGAAACCAAUUGCGCUAUCCAGUGAAUAUAGAGGAUAUUACAUGGCCGCUUGGAGAUACGAAAUUUUGUAUUCCAAGCGGCCAUGUAAUGUUCUAUUUAUUAUAUAAACACCAAUGAAAUACCAAACCAUUUCACUUUAAUAGUUUUUUGGUGUGAAAGGCGCGAUUUAUCAUGUAGCCAUAGCACCGGUGAUAUUUUCACAUGUGAAGAUAACAUGUUAUUUUCAUAUGUGAAGAUAUCAAGUUUUCGCGCGAAAGCGCACCUGGUAUUUCAUUGGUGUUUAUAUAAUAAAGAGAUUUAUCCGAUGGAUAGUGUUAUCCACCUUUUGAACAACUGGUAACUGGUUACUAGUCGGACCAGAUGCUUUACCAGACUACCAAUGAGCUAAUAGUAUCAUACAUGUGCUUGAAAGUAAGUCCAAUAACCUUUUGGGCGUGCCUUAUUUUCAGGUCACAGAGAUAUGUGGUGAAAAAUUUCUCGUGAUUCCUCCAAAAGUCACUCUGCAGUCUUUACGCAAAGAUGUGGUAGAACUGUUGGAAUUGCAAGAGGGCAAAUUUCUACUCAUUUCACGCCUUGCAGCCACUUUUCGUAAACAUCAUGGCCGUAAAUUUCCUCUUGGCCAGGCGAAGCUUGAGGACUUUAUUAAGAGUUUAGAGGGAAUUGCAAAGGUACAUGUAGUUAAUGAAUUUUGGUGCUUAUUUUCCUUAGUAAAAUCGUUUUUUGAGGCUUGAAGCCUGUGUUAGGGAUAAGUAAACGAAGUGCCAAUGUUCCUUUCGUAAAUGUCGACGCCAGUUUUUAGAGACAUAGGGCGCUUUCCAUUUGUCAGAACUGGCCGGCCGGACCAUUGCUGGACCAGUCAGUUAGCAAAUGAAAUCUGCUUUUUCUAAAGAUUUUGGCUGAAAAACCAUCUCCUUCGUGCAUACUAUUUAGGAUUUGAUUGAUGUGGCUGAAUAAUUUUGAUUAAAAGUAAAAUUCUCAUUGCGACGGUAAUGGUUUGGCCGGUCAGUUCUGACAAAUGGAAAGCGCCCUUAGAGAGUAUUUUUAGUUUUUCAUUGAAAGUCUGAACUAUUAAAGAAGAGGACAUUUACCACCAACAAUUAAGCUCGAGCCUUUGGCAUGUUGAUCAUCCAUAAAUGUAAAAAAAUUGCAAGGAUUUAACACUACACAUGCAGUAAUCCAUAAUCGGUGUUGCCCUAGUCCUUUCCCUCUCUCUCAAGUGGACCAAGAUAUCGUUAUUUCUAAGGCCGUUUUAUCGACAAUAUAUUAUCUUUUUUUCUUUAUUGUAACAUCUCCUGUGACUAAAUUAGGCUUGAUAGCUCUUGAUUACCAACGAGGGCAGCAAAGUGAGCCGAGGAAAAAUUCAUUUCGCCCAUCUCUCUCUCUCCCAACGUGCAGAGAAACUGUUCAUGGUUCAUUUUUAUUGUUUGUCUUUGUUGCCAUUUUGUGUUCCUUUUCGUUUGUACUGUUUUUGUACUUUUGUUUGUUUGCUUAGUUUAUUUUUAAAUCUCACUCAGUCUAUAUCUUUUAGGUUAGGGGAUCCGGCAAUGAUAGAAUUCUUCUCCUACCCUUGUCUACAGCUAAAGGUAAGUUCCAGGGGGUCUCAUACGUUUCUCGGAAACUGCCCACCUACCCCUCCCCUAAGCCAACAUUAAAACUUACUUCUCUCUUAAGGCAAAAUGUUGGCUUAGCGGGGGAGGGGGUGGGGAGUAGGUGGGCAGUUUCCCAGAAACGUUUAAUGAGCAAUCCGUUCCAGGCAGAACACCUACUUUAAAAGUGUGAUUUCAACUCCGGGAAAGUUGACUAUUAUACGUCUCUUGGUAUUAAAAAGGUAACUUAUUGAAGCUGAAGGCCUACAGAAAAGUUAGUGAACAAGAGAAACUUGCCAUCUUUUUUAUUCUACCCCAUACUUACAAUUUGGAGAGAAAAAUUGAAAUGAAUACGCCAUUUCCUUGAAUCUGCAGUAUGUUUUCUGCAAACGUUGGACGAGUCUAAACCUAAAAUUUGAGUGUUCGAAUGAAAACUACAUGUAGUCGGCAAACUAACCGAAGUUGCUUNAGCAGUACGCGUGUUGCCGAGUUCGACCUCCUCUCGGAGAACCUCGAUAGUGGAUGUUUAACUUGUGCUUACGCACUUUGAUUUUAAUUUAAACACUUUCUUUAUCACAUUGUGUCCUAAAUGUGAUAUCUCGAUGUAAAUUCUGUAAAAACGGAUUUUUUAAUACUUUCUUCCCCCUUUCACAUACAUUCUAUUCUAAAACUCGCCUCAGUCCUCCCCGAAAAAUCGGAGAAAAUGCGUUUGGUGCGCACUUUCUGCAGCUCUACCGCAAAAACGAGUACGGUGACCCCCAUUUUUUAUUUCAUGAUUUUAAUAAGGAAAGUGCUUCCUUUCGAUGAGAAAAAAAUUGGCACAAAUCUAUGUUCAGUUUUUUGGCAAUUUUACUAAAUUGAAGGGAUUGAGCCACCACGGGUCGAAAAGCGCGCGUCCAAUUUAAUUCUACUUUGGAGCGUACAGUAAAAACAAGGGCAUUAAAAGGUAUUUUUCUGGUACAUAAGUGGAUAAACAAUACAUUAAAGUCAAAUUCUGUGUGAUGCCACAUGCAUCAUCGAAAAAAUCUCUUCUUUUUGUCUAGUUUUGGGCUGGCCGCGGUUUUUGUGAAAGGGUCCUAAAUAGCCGUAUUUGUCAGCAUUGUGACGUCAAAACGAGCACGGUGACCCCCACUUUUUAUUACUUUUUUAUCAUCUUCUUGACUUGUUACAUCAGUGUACCAAGUUUUAGCUAUAAUCUAUGUUAGGUUCUUUUACUAUGGAAUCACCUUAAGGGACUGUGUCAUGGCAAGUUUCAUAUUCUUUUAUCACGGCUGAGCUGAAAUUAUAACUAAAACUUUUAUUUGGGUUUCACACUUCUCUACUGAAACUGCUCUAAUAAAGAUUCAGAGUCCCUGAUGUUGAUUACUUUCGGUUGUUGUAAGGUUUUGUUGAAUUGUUUAUUUUUACAAAGUUUUACUUACAGCAAACAAGGUAUACACAAUUACGGUAAAGUAUAAUAAAGCAAUUCAGUUCGAUUGCUUUAGCGAACAGAGACAAACGCACGCUACUUUUGACUGGUUUAUCGAACUUAUGAGGCAAAGUGAACAGAUAUUAGCGAUGAAGCAGCGUGCAAAGAAAGUAGUGUCCGACAACCCGGGGCUAGUGGAUUUUGUUAUCGGGCUAGUUAAUUCGGUUUUUAACUUGCCCGACGGUCAAGUGAUGUUUUUUUGAGGAAUUCGAAUAACAGAAGAACUGUGAAAUCAAUUCUGCUCGUCAAAAAGCUUUUGGGGCUAGCGGAAAUGACGUUUAGUAACGCUAACGCUAGUAACUGCUAGCUUCAGCUUGCCCGAAGGGCAAGCUGUAAAAAUGAUUUUCUUUGCACGCUGUGAAGUUUGACUUCAUUCGCUUUUCAACAUUCUGAUUAGUCAUUGGCAAAGGUAGGACUAUAGUCUUGUGUUGGGAGGCAACAAGCAAACUUGUUUUUAUCCUUUAACUACUUGGGGAUGACACAAAACUCCAUACAUUUUUGUUAAGUUGGAAAAUCGCAUUUAUUUUGCACCCUAUAUUAUGACUGACCGUGGUCACGCGUGAAAUCUUGUUUUCACAGGUUCAAGGUGCAGGCAACAUGGCCGCCGUUUGCGUAAAACAAGAAGAACUUUUAAACGUGUUUUCACUUCGUGUGAUAAACGUGCUGACUGGGCAAGCCGAUAACAGUAUUCUGUUGUCAAAAUUUACUACUGCUUAUGAACAACUUUACGGUCAGAAGCUUUGUGUUCAGAACUUUGGCUGUGCCUCCCUGGAUGAUUUGUUGUCUGUAGUGUCUCCUGUUGCAAAGGUUGGCAAAAUAUUUAAUCGAAAUCUUUAUUAACCUGCGUCUGGUUGUAUUUCCCAUGUCCUCUAUGUGUUUGGUUUUACGGUUUCAUUUUUGUUCAUUUUGGCUUAUACUGCUAGAUCUUGCACAAUCACUACGUUACUGAACUCACUCUGUAAGGCCACUCACCCCAAGUCAAAACUGGCCGGACAGUUCGAUAAUUUUGAAAAUUAAUUGGCUUUCUUCGAGGUUCCGCAGAAAAAAUCCUCACUGUCGUGCACUCCAUUUUAGAGUACAUAGAUCUUGCUAUAGAGAGUUUAACGGAUUAAUAGUUAAAUUCUCCUGACGACUAGACAGGUCUGGGCGGCCUGUUCUGACUAAUGGUAGGCGCCUUUAAGACACAUAGGGCCGGUUAUUUAAACGAAGUCUAACUUAGGCCGCGGUUCAAGAAAUCUUUAGACCUACAUAUCUCUUUCUCAGUGUUAGAACUACCUUGUAAACGAAGCAAACGUUAGAAACUGUUCAAUUAAAACUUCAUUUAAAGCGAAAAGUCUUUUGCCGGCACAAAGAAAAACAGCACUACCAAUAAGUAUUGAUUCAUGGAAAGAAACAAUGUGUGGCUAAUCUGUUUAUUCUUUUCGUCUGUUAACAGGUUUACAGUAAAGACAGCAAACUUCGCUUAACGCCGUUACAGACUUUUGCAAUUGAGACAAGAGAUCUGCUGAGACAUCUUGGUGGAUGUGUCUCACUAAACCGGUUUGCCCCCAACUUUCAGCAGUUGUACGGUCGUCCUUGCAAGGCUGGGGAUUAUGGCUUUAAUCGUAUAUCAGAGGUUAUCGACGCCAUGUCAAACGUGGCUGAGAUACGCGGGAAAGGCGCCGAAAAAAUGGUUGUACUGGUUGAUGGAGACAAUGUUUCUUUAUAUGGCGUCGAAGGUAAUGUUUUUCUUCAGUUGUAAAUCACAAAUGAAUUGAAGGUUGUAUCUGAGUGAGAUCUCUUUUCUGCACACUCAUGCAGACUGAUCAUCCUCACCUUCUUUGUACAAAUGUACCGCAGACCUUCAUCGAAUUGCAAGGACUUGUAGUACAAUUACGGAUAAGAAACUAAUGAGUGGAAUUCCGUUUGAAUCCCGGGCAAACCUAACGCCAUUCAACCUUUUUUCUUAUCUCAGUAACUAAGAAUUUUCACCAUCCAUUUCUGCUUCUCCUGAGUAUUUUUCGAUCUCUAGCCUGCGUAGCGAGCGGGAUCGUUAUUUUGCGCGAGCAAAGUUUUGGCAGAGGAGCUGCGAAGCCCUGCGCAAGAACACUGAAUUCCGCCAGCUACGCAGGCUAUUCAAUCUAGCGAAUGGCCUGUUUUGAGAAAUGUCAUAAAAUGAUUAUACUGAGUGUAUGAAUUUUGCCACCAUGUGAAUAGAAUUAAUGGUCCUCGAAUCGAUGUUUUUAACUGAAGCAGCUGCAAGGAAACUAUAGUGACCNUCAGCAGUUGUACGGUCGUCCUUGCAAGGCUGGGGAUUAUGGCUUUAAUCGUAUAUCAGAGGUUAUCGACGCCAUGUCAAACGUGGCUGAGAUACGCGGGAAAGGCGCCGAAAAAAUGGUUGUACUGGUUGAUGGAGACAAUGUUUCUUUAUAUGGCGUCGAAGGUAAUGUUUUUCUUCAGUUGUAAAUCACAAAUGAAUUGAAGGUUGUAUCUGAGUGAGAUCUCUUUUCUGCACACUCAUGCAGACUGAUCAUCCUCACCUUCUUUGUACAAAUGUACCGCAGACCUUCAUCGAAUUGCAAGGACUUGUAGUACAAUUACGGAUAAGAAACUAAUGAGUGGAAUUCCGUUUGAAUCCCGGGCAAACCUAACGCCAUUCAACCUUUUUUCUUAUCUCAGUAACUAAGAGUUUUCACCAUCAAUUUCUGCUUCUCCUGAGUAUUUUUGGAUCUCUAGCCUGCGUAGCGAGCGGGAUCGUUAUUUUGCGCGAGCAAAGUUUUGGCAGAGGAGCUGCGAAGCCCUGCGCAAAAACACUGAAUUCCGCCAGCUACGCAGGUUAUUCAAUCUAGCGAAUGGCCUUUUUUGAGAUAUGUCAUAAAAUGAUUAUACUGAGUGUAUGAAUUUUGCCACCAUGUGAAUAGAAUUAAUGGUCCUCGAAUCGAUGUUUUUAACUGAAGCAGCUGCAAGGAAACUAUAGUGACCACUAGUAGACACGCGACUUUUUUGAAACCGCUAUUCAUUGAUUAAUUGAUUUACUUUACAUUUCUUUUUUAUGAUAUUUUUUGCCUUUGUUAGGAACAGAGAGACAGCAAAGCGGAGUAGAAAGUACUCUGCCUCAGUCCCAGAAAUAUGAUACCAGAAACUCUGGCACGGCAUCGCCCGCUGUUGUAGAAGAAGGUGGGUUUUUAAAAGACUCUUCCCAGUGUCAACAUGUCUCCAGAGGUUUGCAAGAGUUUCUUGGUGUACAGCUGUGAGUCCCUUUCGCAAAACCUGCUUCGCGGAUAAAAAAAAAAAGCUUUAGAGAGAGCUCGUGUUUGCAGUUUUAAUGCUGUUAUGUGUGUUGUGCACUUGCAAUUUUAACGUCUUGCCGUCUCAUAUAAGAAUGAAACGUAACCUGUGUUGUCGAAGAAAGUAAAGCGUGAUUUCUUGCAUGGAAGAAAAAAUUUUCAACGCGCAAGAUGACGCUUAUUUGUCUGACGCCUUAAGGUACGCUUCACCUUCAUGUCAUUUAGCACGUAGAUUACUAUAGCGUCGAAGAGAAAAUGAAACGUGACUUCUUGCAUCAAGAAAACAGUACUUUGUAUCUGGCCUUCAGAAUUAUUGCUUUUCUUACUUAGUGCUAUAGUUUCGGAAACUGUAGACAACUGUAAACACCAAAAGUGAAGAUUAGCCGGCAAUGCAGGCGUUUUCUUCGGGCGCGCGAAUAUUUUCGCCCGCGAAAACGCCAUGAUGAAACUCCCGAAGAGAGGAGGAAAUGGGGCGAAUCAAAGGGAGCGGAGAGGGGGUGGGGAGAGAGAAGAGAAAACGAAGAAGAAAAGCAUUUUUUUCUCCCCUCCCCCUCACCCUAACCUCUCCCCCUUCCUUUUUUCGCCCCCGCACCUACCCUAAGAGUUACUAUUUCAACUCUCCCCAAUCUUCCUCAGUCAUAAAAUCAAAGACGGCGGCUACAACAAUACGAACAUGAACAAGCUUUCGCCCACCCAAAACACGCCCGCACUGCAGGCUAAGUGAAGACUUGUUCGGCCUCAUUCUAAAAAGAAACGUUUUCAUUGCAUUCUGUUUUUUGCAGAUGAUGAAAUUGUGGUCACCAUCGACGACAAAGAUGGAGAAGGUAGGGUGGGAUAAUUAUAUGAAUAUCUCACAACUUGUUCUGGCUUGUUCUUUUACUUAAGCCGAAGUUAUAAACCGAUUCAUGAGAGUAAUAUCAAGUUUAAGUAUAACAACAUCAAUUAAACAGAGAAAAAUAGGUAAUAGAUAUUAACUAAUCUAUACCAUAAUGAGUGAGAGAUAUAAUGUAUCUAAGUGCCGCAAAAACCUGUUCCCAAGCUUCGCGUAUGCACGAGUUGUGUGUAAAUGUUAAAACAUGGCGUUCAAUGUUCGUAAUAACGAUCCUGCGCCUGUCGUCCGUAAUAGCGGGUGUCCGUGAUGAUGUCGUAAGGAAAGUUAGAACAGGAAUUUGUUCCGCCGUGAAUGUCCUUUUAGUUUGGUCCGUAUUAGUGUGUUUUCGGAAUGACGAGGUGUCUAGUUUGUCCAGCGAAAUUUCUGGGCCGCAAUGGAAAUUACAGGGUGUUACGCUAUAAUAUUAUUGUUAUGUAUUUAUUUUAUCAUCUUAUUUGAUUCAGAUUUGAUUGUUCUUGAUGGUGAACCUUCAUCCGGGACAUUUACUGACCAGACACUGGCAGAUGAUUGGUUGAUGGCGCCCGUGCCAGAAUCCCUACCAGAACCUGACUUGCAGCCUGCCAUUCCCGAGCCUCCUCCUGUUGGGGAUCUUAUAUCCUUCACUGAGUUUGACAUGGAUGUGCUGUUUGAAGCCAUAGAUAACAUGGGUCUGCCUAAUGAGCUCAGUACUGGUCCAACAGGUGACUUGACAGAGCUUUUGGCAGAGUCUAACCAGCUCUCUGGUGAAUACAACGGCUCUAAGUCACCAUCGAAAAUCCCUUUACCUAACCGAUGCCCUGCACUGGAAUCCGACUUGAAGGAUCUGGAGUUGCCCUAUUCACCUACUGGUUAUGGAGAUGAUGUUGCACCUGUGAGGCCAGCGCCUGUAAAACCUGGAGUAAUGCUGCACGCUGAAGUUGAAGCAGACAUCCUGGCCUACAGCCAUUCAGAACCUGUGUUGCCAAGGAAACUUGCAGCGACAUUCACAGGAGUAGCCGCUAACAAGCCUCUUGCUCAAGGCAAGAGCUCUGAUGAAGAGGAAAAGAAAGUGCGAGCUAAAAAGUCUACCGCUCCUAAAGUCAAGUUGGCAGCUAAUUUUAGCAAGACGCCAAGCAAGCAGAGUUUGUCGUGA